AUGGCGUGGUUGACGCCGUUCUACUUAGACGACGCGUUGUACACGUACCUCGACACCGGUGUGGACUUUUAUCGCCAUGUGUUUGUGCCCGAGCCACACAUGUCAACGGGCUGGGCGACUUUCUUCAACUCCAGUCGUGGAAAAUGCUCGGCGCGACGCACCCAAAUGUACUUGGAAGCUGGUGGUACACUACACGCGACGUCCAAAACGUUCCAAAUGCUCGACUAUUCUUUUCCAAAGAAGUCAGUGCUACAUCGACGCAACUCGGUCAUGUAA